GCAUCUUUCUCCGGAGCUGAUUUCAGUGGGGCUAUGCCGCAUCAAUGGCGAAGCUGGGACCAGAAGCAUCAGAUCCUUUUCUUCAGCCAGAUCCAGCGCCAGGAUUCCUCUCUUCAACUCAUCCACCACCACAGGACCCCCACCCCGUUCCCUAUACCCUCCUCCCCGUCUUCCCCGGCAGCCACAUUCGCCGCCGACCUCAGUGCUGCAAUUAUAGCUCCUACCUCCUCAUAUCCGCCGCCAUCUUAGCCCUCUUCGGCCUCACCCUCUUCCUCAUCUGGCCUACUGACCUUGACCUCCAUGUUGCUCGCAUCCGCCUCGACCACGUCCGCGUCUUCACUGACCCCAACGACACCAUUUCGAUUGAUCUCCGCCUCCGAAUUCGCGUUCGCAACCCUAACUUCUUCUCUCUUCACUACGACUAUGUAGCUGUCGCCAUCGGAUACCGCAGCGAGCAUCUCGGGUCCGUUCUGGCUGCCGGCGGUAAAAUACGGGCGCGAGGGGUUUCUUACGUUGACGCUGAGCUACGGAUCGACGGUAUUCAGGUGAUUCAUGAUGUGUUCUACUUGAUUGAGGAUCUCGUUAGAGGAUCGAUCCCGCUCGAAACUGUUAGUGAGGUCAAGGGGCUGCUGCACCUUAUUUUCUUUGAUGUCACCAUCAAGGUUUGCAUCAAUAAAGCCUAGGCAUAAGGUGCUGCAUGUCAAUUAUGAUUGCGUCAUCAUGUUGAUUAAAAGUAGAACAUAAUAUUUGGGUCAAUUAAAAUAAUAAAUGAUGCAACUGA